UCUGUUUGGGAUAGAUACAAAAGGCCUGAUCUUCAUGACUGAAGUGAUAGAAGUGCUUUAAAAACUGUGAUCUGUGAAGCGUGGUAUCAGCACAAUGUCUAAAAUAUCUAAACGCAUUGAAUCUGAAUCGGUAAAACAAGAAACAAAGAAAAACAAAAAUGAGUAUUCGAUAUUAGUAGUGGCAAAUAAAGUGAAAGAAUUGUCCAAGAAUUUCAUGGAAAUUGAAGAAAAAGAAGUUGAAUCCAGAACUGGAGAAAAUGACUUGAAAAUAUUCAAGGAAACAAGUUCUGAAGUCAGGAGAUUGAUGACAGACAUUUUACAACUGAAAAUUUCAGGCAAAACAGAUGAAGAAACAAAGAAAAAGAUAACGGGAAAAAGAAUUGAGGCAUCUCUACUUUUUGUAACAUUGAAAAAAUUAAAUCGAAUAGAUAAACUUAGGCUGAAAAAGGCAAGGGACACAACCCAUGAUGCAAAACAACGUGUGGAUUCAUUUCAUUUACAACUUGAAAACUUAUUAUAUGAAGUUUUUCAUCUUAAAAAAGAAGUUGACAAGUGCCUGGAGUUCAAGUCAAAAGAUGAAGAUAUUGAGCUAGUCCCAGUUGAAGAGUUCUAUCAUGAAGCACCACCUAGCAUUUCUAAAACGGAGCUCACCAAAAGCAACCAGCACAAACUGACUUUGGCCCGUUUAGAGUGGGAAUUCGAACAACGAAAACGUCUUUCGGAACAGUGCCGCAACCUAGAGCAAAAUCGAGAAAAGGCCUCAAAUGAAAUUACCCAGAAACAAAAACAACUUGAAAGUCUGUUACCUAGGCUAAAUUCUAUUCUUGAAUCUACACGCCCACUACAAGAAGAACUAAAUUUACCUGUUGAACGGAUCAAGUUUCAAAAAGAAUUGGCGGUGUUGCUGCCUGAUCCUCUUUAUAUCUUAUACAGUCAAAUAAAAGCUUUUAUUGAAGCAUGCGAUCCAUCAUUGCAGAUAUCCAUCGAGGGCGGAAUGGACGAUGCCUUGAAUUUCGGCUCCAAAAACAAAACUGGCCUUGACGAAAUUCUUGAGGAUGUCGAUUCAGCGGAAUCUGAUAUGGAGACUGAUUAUGAGACAAACAAACGUUCUGCGACUUCUCAUAAAAUGAAAACAGAUUGGCAACUUACUAGACAUCCGCUACGUAUUCAACUGACGGUUGAGGGCGUUGUGAUUAAUUUUGCGUACUUAACCACAUUGAAUAUUGUGGUUGUGGACUGCAAACCAUUACAGCGCGAAAAUGGAAUCGAUCAGCUUUGUAUAAUAGAUAAUCUGCUAUCCGAAAUUUUUCCGAAUGAUCAUGGCGACGAAUCACCAAGUUGGGUCAACUGUUUCCAAGCAAGAUCAAUGGUUAAUGGCAAAAUUAACGAACAAGGUAAACCCUACCUCUGGGCGCAGCGCUUAGCCGGAUUAGAUUUCAAUGGUGUGGUGAAGUCUACGCCCCAAACUUUCAUCAAUACGGAGUUCGUUGAAACGGUUGUUGUUGCCCUUAAAAAUAGGAUCAACUAUCGUUUUCAGUUUGUUAAGGUUUUACAUCUUCUUGAAAAAGGUGAACUAGAUCUCAACCAGGAUUCAAAUGCUGCUUUUCCUGCAACAAUAUAUUCGCGGCUUGUUUCCUGGGCUCCAUCCAGUUAUGAAGAGUGUCUUGUGACCGUAAAGAAUCUGGAUAGACUAUUGAACUUUCUGGAAAUAAAUCCCAAAGCUCUUAUGUUUUUUAAGGCAACCAUUGAAAGGGAAUCUGCGAGGCUACUUGCCAUUUUCGUGGUUCCUGUUGACUAUCCGAACUCUGCGCCAAUUUGUUCCUUGGAAUUACUUUGGAAUGGGAAACAUACUAGAGAAAACAGUGAAAUCAUACGGGGAAUUGAAGCUGAGGUUAACGUUUCUAUAAAUGAACUACCUCCACAGCACAAAAUUGACCUAUUGAUUGUGCAAUUGAAAAAAUUGACACUACAUUUAGAUCUGAUCACAGAAAUUGAUGGGCAGUUAAUGAAACGAGGUGGUGGAAGCUGGCAGUCGCAAGCUAAGCCAGAAUUUUCCGCAGAGAAAAUGAUUCCGCGACUGAUUAAAGGUCAUGAUAGAAAAUUUCCGACUAAAUAUGAUGCUGGUUCUGGUUUUUUCCUACAUCAAUGAUUCAAAAUCUUUGUUUACAACUAUCAGAAUUGGAAUACAUCUAUGCCAAAGUACCAUA